GGAGAGGGGGGAGGGGGUUACUUACAUUCACUAUAUCACGUAAAAAGCUGAUUUGUAUGUCGUAUCUAACAUGUGACUUUUAAAAAAUAUUUUCAUAGUAAUUUCCACAAUAUUUGUCUGAUAAUUCGUUCCUACAUAGUUGAUGAAGCUGUCUACUGCUCUUAGUAUGACCCCUUCACUUGGCGCCUUCUUAGUUUCAUUUUCAUUGACUUUGGCGGGUGAGCAACAUGCAGCAGCAACGAUGUCACAUUGUGAACUUUUGUGCAUUUAUUUUGUUCUUGGAGUCCUUCAGAAAGGUCGAACAGCAGUGAUAGAAACACAGCCGACUGUGGUGGCAGCAGCUGGAGGAGAGGCUCAGUUAAACUGUCAGCUCCUGCAAUCUAAAGAAGUCCUUCAAGUCACCUGGCAGAAGGUGCUACGCGAUGGAGAGAAGAAUCUCGGCACCUACAACAAGUACUCUGGCCAAACGGUCAAUCCAGAAUUUGCGGAUAAGAUGGAGUUUAGAUACACUGGACUGCAGAACUGCUCCAUAGUUGUCCGGAACAUGACGGAGCAGGACGAAGGCUGCUAUCGCUGCUUGUUUAACACCUACCCUGAAGGAGCUCUGACAGCCACGACCUGCCUCCAGGUCUACGAGCUGCAUGAACCCGUCCUCCGUGUCGGAGAAUCAGACUCUUCUGCAGAGUCACUUGUGUCGUGUUCAGCCACAGGUCGACCUGCUCCCACUGUAACACUGAACGUUACACAGCAACACCUCCACUUCUCACACCACAACACCGUCAGUGUCAACAACAACAACGGUACAGUCACCGUCACCACGACGGCUGUGCUGUCAGGUUUCCAUGGCAACGGCACACAGGUUAGCUGUGCAGCCCGACUGCUGUCUGGUCCUCAGAUGGAGACGGUUCUGAUGAUUCCUGAGGUCAAACUGACUGAAGAUUCUUACGAGAAACUGGAAUCCGAUAAGAGUGAAUCCGAUCCCACCUGGAUCAUUGUGUUAGUUGUAAUGAUGGUAGCUUGUGGAGCUGUUGUUGUGAUCAUCAGUGCUGUGAUCAAACGAAGGAGCCUGAAUCGGGACCCUGAGAAGAUCAAGACACCACAGAAAUCAGGACAAGACAUUCAGGGGAUCACAACACCUUUAAUCAGACAAGAGAAUGAGCAGCUCAGGCAGCGGACAUCAACAUCAACCAAGAAAAGUCCACCAAUCAAACACCAGAAACAUUCACCUUCAACAGCAAAAAGACUGUUUGAAGACUCUGAAACUUGUUGAACAAAUUUGCGUCACAGUCAAAUACGUGGGCAAUUGUAAAUGCAUUUUUCAACAAAACAGAGAACAAGUCUUUCCCAGUUGUUGGACGAGGAUUAGAGACCUUCAGCUGAACUGAUCCAUAAGCACAGUUUGUUUUAUAUUUGCAUUUUUAUACAAGAAGAUUUUUUAAAACCAUUUUCCUACAAUCUGUUGUGUGUUUAUGUGUUUUAUAAAUGUUGUUGUUUUUUCACUGAUUUUGUUUUUUGUACCUUUGUGUAACUUCUUGUUACUUUACAUGUAACACUAAUGUCACUGAUUCAUGAUUUUUAUUUCUUGCACCAAUCUGUUUACAAAAAUAAAAUGCAUAUAUCUGUGCAAUGUUUUCAUAUAAAGUGAUUAUUAGGAGAAAAAAAUUAAUAAAUUAGAGGACACAGAAUCUAAUAUGUACUUACUUAUGUACUUAUAAAUAAAAACACUAUUUAUAUUCA